AUGUCGAUUCGCAGUGCACGCUCGAGACGCGAGGUCGACCCUUCCAUCCUCCUCCCUAUUCAGUACCGUACUGUGUCGUUCCAGAUUGAGGAAUCGAGACAGACAUCGAGACAAAAAGACACCGCGGAGCUGCUGAAGGCGAAAGACACGGCCACCAAGGAACUAUCCUCCCUUGAAUGGCACACCAUCUCCACAGAUGAGGCUCUUCGCCGCCUCAGCGCUUCCAUUACCGAUGGCCUCUCGAACGACCAGGUUACCCGCAAACAAAAGGAACACGGGAAGAACGCCCCAUCUCCGCCACAGUCUCGUACACUUCAGAAAUGGCUGGGCUACUUCUUCAAGGGGUUCGGCCCCGUGCUCCUAGUGGGAGCUAUUCUAGUUUUCGUUUCGUGGAAACCGCUCGGCCAACCACCUGCUCUAGCUAACUUGGCCCUAGCCAUCGUACUGGUAGCAGUGUUCGUGAUCCAGGCCAUGUUCAACAUGUUCCAAGACUGGAGCUCAUCCCGAGUGAUGAGUUCUAUUAAGAACAUGCUUCCCGAGGACUCAAUGGUGAUCCGAAACGGCGUCCAAGCAUCCCUCCCAGCUCAGGAGCUCGUGCCGGGAGAUAUCGUCUGUAUCAAGGCAGGAAACAAGCUCCCGGCUGACAUGCGCUUCCUCCAAGUCUCUAGUGAUGCAAAGUUUGAUAGGGCUAUUCUAACCGGAGAGUCUGCGCCCCUGGCGGCGACGGUAAACUCGACCGAUGAUAACUACCUUGAGACUCGCUGUAUCGGUUUACAAGGCACACAUUGUGCCUCCGGGUCUUGUACAGGUUUGGUUGUGGCUACAGGAGACCGAACAGUGUUCGGCCGUAUCGCUGCUUUGACAAAUGAGCCCAAGGUGAAAAUGACUCCUCUGGAGAGAGAAGUCCUGUACUUCGUAACCAUAAUCUGUUCCAUCAUGUUCGCAAUGAUUGCUAUCGUGCUGAUUGUCUGGGGCGCGUGGCUGAGAACAUCCCAUCCAGGCUGGAUCAACGUUCCAACACUCAUCGUCGGCUGCGUCAGCGUAGCCAUCGCUUUCAUCCCUGAGGGCCUGCCUAUUGCCUUGACUGCCGGGUUAACUAUCACAGCCAACUUGAUGCGAAAGCACAAAGUCCUGUGCAAGUCGUUGAAGACUGUUGAGACCUUGGGGUCUGUUUCUGUCAUCUGCUCAGACAAGACAGGCACUCUCACCGAGAAUCGAAUGACAGUUACUGAGUGCGCCAUUGGAACCCACAUCAUCACCGUCGACGCAGCCGAAGACGAACUGGAAGUAAGCACCACACCACUUGUAGCUGGCAUGGUAACAACCGGCGUAGACCAAGUACGUUCCAUCGCAGGCCUCUGCAAUGCAGCCGAGUUCGACGCCGCUACCAUGGACCUGCCCAUCGAGCAACGCCGUGUCUUUGGCGACGCCACCGACCAGGCCGUCUUGAGGUUCUCCGAGCGCUUCGGAUCCGUGCAGGACCUGCGCCAAUGCUGGCAGAAGACUUAUGAGCUGGCCUUCAACAGCAAGAACAAGUUUAUGUUAAGAACAUUCUCCCUAUUCAAGCAUGAUUGCCUCAGCGCUACCCUGUCUGAACGGGAGGCGGACGACUUCCAAACAGGCGAUACUCUUUUAACUAUCAAGGGUGCUCCAGAUGUCUUAAUCACCCGCUGCUCCUCGUUCGUCAACAAUGCAGGAGACGUGUGCCCCUUCGACGAAGACAUGCGGGCGACGUUUGAGAACGUGAAGAACUCCUACAGCAGCCAAGGAAAACGCUGUCUCCUGCUUGCGCGCAAAGUCAUCCACCAAGGCCAGCUGCAGAAUCAACCUGGGACAGGCCAGUUCGAGGAAGAGAUCAUGGAACUCGCCAAGACAGACUUGAUAUUAGUCGGUCUUGUGGCUAUCGUCGACCCUCUUCGUCCGGAAAUUCGCGAGGUCGUCUCGAUACUUCGUGGUGCUGGUAUUAAGUUUUUCAUGGUGACUGGCGACUUCGCUCUUACCGCCCUUGCCAUCGCCCAGGAUGCCGGCAUCAUCAGUGUUGCCGCAUCUGCCGUCCAUAACGUCUCCGCGCUGCCAAGAGUAGAGGGGGUAUCAGCAGAUGGCAUUAGCAAACCUCAACAACCUCGCUCUUCAAUACUCAUCAGCGGCCCAGAAAUGCAGAGCCUUAACGAGUGCCAGUGGAAGGCUCUGACUGAAUACGACGAGAUCGUCUUCGCUCGUACGACGCCAGAGCAGAAGCUGCGCAUCGUGAGGGAGUUCCAGGCUAACGGCGUCGUGGCGAUGACUGGAGACGGCGUGAAUGACGCGCCCUCCUUGAAAGCUGCCGACGUAGGUAUCGCACUCGGAAGCGGUUCUGACAUUGCCAUUGAGGCUGCUGAUAUGGUCCUCCUGGACUCCUUCUCGUCUGUGGUAGAAGCAGUGAAGUAUGGGCGCGUGGUGUUUGAUAACUUGAAGAAAGUUAUCUGUUACUUGCUGCCAGCCGGAAGUUUCGCUGAGUUCUGGCCGGUCAUGACCAAUGUUCUCUUUGGACUCCCGCAGAUUCUCUCGUCGUUCCUCAUGAUCAUUAUUUGCUGCUUCACUGACUGCGCCGCUGCAACGGUGCUUUCGUACGAGAAGCCGGAGGCUGAUGUAUUAUUGCGCAAACCACGUAACGCCAAGAAAGACCGAUUGGUGAACUGGCAGCUCGUCCUUCACGCGUACGGUGUUCUCGGAAUGAUCCAGACCACAGUCUCUUUCGCGAUGGCCUACUGGUACCUGGAGAAGAACGGCAUACCAUUCCGCGUGCUGUGGUUCUCUUUUGGCGUCCUCCCCGACUCGAUCGACCCGGAUUACUAUGCUGAAAAGCUGAAUACGGCGUCCUCUAUUUACUUCGUAAAUCUUGUCGUCAUGCAAUGGUUCAAUCUUCUUGCAGUCCGCACACGACGAUGGAGCAUUUUCCAACAUCCCCCGGCAUUCAAUAAACAGACUCAAAACUUGUAUCUCUUCCCGGCUAUUAUCUUUGCCUUAGCUAUGGCCGUUCUCUGGCUGUACAUUCCCCAGCUGCAGUCUGUUCUGGGUACAUCGCCGGUGCCAGUAGAACACUGGUUUCUACCGUUCACUUUCGGCAUAUUCAUCUUAUUCUUUGAUGAGACUCGUAAAUUUCUCAUACGAAAAAACCCCAAUGGGUUGGCUGCCAAGUUGGCAUGGUGA